AUGAAGUUCGUAGUUUGCGUAUUCUUGUUUGCUGUAGUAGCGGUGGCACUAGGUGACAAGCCUCACUACGAUUUAAACGACGCUCCCGCACUUUUCGAAAAAUUUGUUAAGGACUUCAAUAAAAGUUACAAGGAUGAUGCUGAUAGAGAGGUACACUAUCAGGCAUUUGUUAAGAGCUUGCAAGAAAUAAACGAAGCUAAUGCCAGACCCUCUGGAACUAUAUACGAUAUUAACAACUUUGCUGACUACACGGAAGAGGAACAAAGCAACAUGCGUGGUUUGGUGUUACCAGGUGAGUAA